AUGUCUAUCGGCGUCAUGAGCUACGGAGAAGUCGUGUUCAACUCAUCUUUCGGCUUUGCCGACGUGAAUAGGCGUCUUGUUGCGAAUUCCAGCACGCGCUAUCCUCUGGCUUCGCUUACUAAAGCUUUCGUUGCUACGACAAUUGCACAGCUGGUUGAUGAAGGUCUCCUGCGAUGGGACGAGCCUCUGACCACUUACAUUCAGAAUGACUAUCUGUACUGGACGAAGAGGACUGUUGAACGGGAACUUAUGUGGUAUGGCAAGGUUUCUGCUGAACUGGAUCACUCUCGAAAGCCUGGCACAUUUCCACUGCCUCUUGAAUCCUACACUGGUAUUUAUGAGGAUUCCAUUGGUUCGUUGCGGCUCCUGGUCAGAGUGGAGUCCGAUCGUCUUGUGCUCAACUUCCAGAAUUUGACGCAGGAGGACUACGUCCUCGACCAUUAUGAGAACAAUAUUUUUACUUGGCUGUCUCCUCGAUCGGUCCUUGCGGCUCGCGGCAGGUACACCGGUCAGGCUGCCGUAUUCUACAAGAUUCGGUUCACUGAGGAGGAGAAAGGCGUCGUGAAGAGUCUUUUUUGGUCACACGAUGGAUCUAUGAAAGGACAAGAGUUCUUCAAGAGGCCGUCAUCAGCACUCGAGAGUGGAGGUUGCCAGCUUCAGCAGAAACUCUGA